AUGCUUAGGUUCGCUGUAUUCGCCAUCGGCCCACAACCUCCUGUGAAUAGGUUGAAUCUCCUCAUUGAACGCGACACCUAUUCAACAUGUGAAGAAUGUCCGGAAAAUCCUGCGGAAAAUUCUACAAAUAUAUAUAUUCUUGAUAACUGCGAUGCCCAAUGUAUGCUGUUGCUCGUAUACCACACACUUAAUCCGAGUGUUCUUGAGUCUCGACCAAAAGAUUGUCGGGCCAGAUGUUGGACAUUGGAUUUUCAUCUGACAGGGUUGGAAAACAGUCUAGUUAACGUUCGUUACAAGCAAACGUCAACGGAACAAAGAAUGGCUCGAAGCUUUCAAUUCGUUUACGGAUUAGUGAUAAAAAAAUUCCAGGGAUCGUCCAGUUUACGUUGGGACUCCACUGAUGGCAAGAAUUUCGCAACACCCGACACGCCAGUGGAGGAACAUAUCGCAAUUAUUGUUGGCCUGUCCGCCGAGCUCAGCAGUUGGAUUGCAAAAGUUUCAUCACAAAUCGAGGUGACAUCGUCAGUGCAAUGCUGA